ACCCUCCUGAGCCUCAGCUCCUCGUCUAGGAAACUGGGGGGAAUGUUCGUUUCCCAGGGUUGGGGGAUCAGCACGCGGCAGGUGCUCAGUGGGUGGCAGUCACCGUGGCACCUCAUCCAGCCACACGGGGUGGGUGACGCUUCUCCACCACGCAGCCCCCACCUGACUGAGCCCUCCAUGUCCACAGCCGCCCUGGGCACGCUGGACUUCAGCCUGCUCUACGACCAGGAGAACAGCGCCCUCCACUGCACCAUCAGCAAGGCCAAGGGCCUGAAGCCGAUGGACCACAAUGGGCUGGCGGACCCCUAUGUCAAGCUGCACCUGCUGCCAGGAGCCAGUAAGGCAAAUAAGCUGAGAACUAAAACUCUCCGAAACACUCUGAACCCCACGUGGAACGAGACGCUCACUUACUAUGGGAUCACGGACGAAGACAUGAUCCGAAAGACCCUGCGGAUCUCCGUCUGUGAUGAGGACAAAUUCCGCCACAAUGAAUUCAUUGGGGAGACACGGGUGCCCCUCAAGAAGCUGAAGCCCAACCACACCAAGACGUUCAGCAUCUGCCUGGAGAAGCAGCUGCCGGUAGACAAGUCGGAAGACAAGUCCCUGGAGGAGCGGGGCCGCAUCCUCAUCUCCCUCAAGUACAGCUCACAGAAACAGGGCCUGCUGGUGGGCAUCGUGCGCUGCGCACACCUGGCUGCCAUGGACGCCAAUGGCUACUCGGACCCCUACGUGAAAACAUACCUGAAACCAGAUGUGGACAAGAAAUCCAAACAUAAGACAGCGGUAAAGAAGAAAACCCUAAACCCAGAGUUCAAUGAGGAAUUCUGUUAUGAGAUCAAGCACGGGGACCUGGCCAAGAAGACCCUGGAGAUCACCGUUUGGGAUUAUGACAUUGGAAAAUCCAACGAUUUCAUUGGUGGUGUGGUUCUGGGCAUCAACGCCAAGGGAGAGCGUCUGAAACACUGGUUUGACUGCCUGAAGAACAAGGACAAGCGGAUCGAGCGCUGGCACACACUCACCAACGAGCUCCCGGGGGCUGUUCUCAGCGACUGACCUGCCCCGCCCACUGCGCCCACCCCUGCCCGGUACCUGGCCUAGCGCCGGCCAGGCCCUGGGCUUCCUCAGCUGCCACUAAGGGCCUCAACCCCCACAUUGGGGGAGAUCCAGGACGCCUGCUCGGACACAGAGCCACUGCAGCCCCCAUUCGGAGGCUGUAGGAGGCCCAGCCUCUCCGAAGGGGCAGCAAGGGCAGAGGGCUGGGCCUGCUUUUGGCCCCUUAGGGCCCAAGAGGGCUGGAGGUGGGGGGAGAGGACCUUGGCCUCAGCACCCACCCAGAGGAAGGGAAUGGGGCCGUCUAGGGGACAAGGACCUACUAGAGAUCAGCAGGGAGUGAGUUGAAGGGACCCCAGGCUGAGAACAGGAGUGCAGGGCAACCAUCAGGGAGAGGGGCGUUAUGGGGAGGACAGGACUGUGAGGAAAGUUCAUUCCCAAAAGGGUCUGACUACAUCUCUUCAUCUCUGGUUUGACUGGGAGGGGAAAAGUUGACCUGAGAGCCAGGAGUCCGGUGAAGUUCUGGGAGCUCCCAGUGAACGUGGGCAAAGAGCAAGCACUUCACUUAGUGAUUCCUCAGGCCCCUGGGGAUGAAUGAGACCCAGGACCUGCCCUCAGGGAGGUUGCCAUCUAGUUAGGGAGCUGGAAACAAACCUUUACAACAGGGGUGUGAGGACUGCCAAGGCCAGCCUGACCCACCUGCACAUGCUGCAGAUUCUGGACUGACUUCUGGAAGAGCAGGGAGGUCUUCCUGGAGGAAGUGAUGCUUCAACAAGUCCUUGAAGGGUGAGUGGAGCUUCUAGGCAGACAAGAGGGGGAGGCCAGUGCACGUCAGGGACCGGUCUCUCUGGGCGGGAAGCAGGGGAAGGGUUUGGUAGGAGUGGAACACAGGGGCCAUGACACUCAGCCCUGCUCCCACCCCACCUCUAGCUGCCAGGCCAACCUGGAUUUGUAGCCAUGGGUGGAGGCUUACACAGGCCCAGCGCUCCCACCUUUGGAUCUCUUUCUCCUCCUGAGGAAGCUGGAUCCUGCCUCUUGUUCCCAGAGGCAUCAGGUCAGCUACAGUCAAGAAGAGAGUCUCUUUUUCUUUCCACAAAAAGAAUAAAAAAGUCCUCCUGUUCUCACGCUCCACCCAGGCCCUUCUGGGUUCAGAGUUGGGAAGUGCAGGACCCCGCGUGGUGGCCUGCACAUCCUCACCCUACUGCUGUCCCUUUCAGGAGUAUUUGGCAGCAGUCCAGGGCCUUGUUUCUGGGAAGGCCUGCAGGGCUGGCUCUGUCCUCCAGGAUUAGAAAGAGAGCCACCCUGCACCCCAGGUCAGGGUCUCCAGGAAGGGGUUGAGGGCAUCAGAAUCUUGGGCCCAGGCCUGAAGCCCCAAACUCUUACUGCCAACCAAGGGGUUUUCAACACUGGAUGAACAAAUGCAGAACCCAGGAAUUUUUGUGUUCAACCCAUCACUGCACUGAUGGGAAACGGAGUCCAGAAAGGGAAAGUGACUUACCCAAGGCCUUCCAGCGCUACCACAGCUGGGGCAGACCAUGUUCAUGGCCCCUGCCCCACCUCCUUUGUUUUUUUCCUAAGAAGGCUUUGUGCAUGACAAGGGUUUUACAUGCACUGUCUAAACGAUUCUUCACAACCCUAUGAGAUGGGCUUAACUCUCAUCCCCGUUUGAUAGAUGAGGAAACAGAUUCAGAGAGGCUGAGUAGAUACCAGUGUCACACAGCUGCGAGGGGGUGAAGCAGGACUGAAGCUCAGGUCUUCUGACUGCCAUGUCCUCCGGUUGCCUGGGGGACAGUACUCCCCAGUCCCCUCCCUUUUGGGCUGUUAGGGCUCAGCAGAGAUACUCAGGUGAAGACACGGUAAACUCCAGUGGGUGAUGGAGGUGUGGGGACUCGGCCUGUGGUCCAGCUGCCUUGGCUUCUAGAUGGCUUUGAAAUCGUCUGUGCCACUUAGGGCUUCCUCAGCAGUCUCUACUGCCCGGUCCCAGAAUUCAGCCACUGAACAUCUGAACCUGUGAGCCAGGCCCUGGUUCCUCGAGGGGACUGAGACAAGGUCUUCACUUUUCUCCAUACAGCUGGAAUGGGGGAAACUCUGGGAGCCUAAAGUCAAAAUAAGAGAGAGAUGGUCUAUUUUGAGGAGCCUUGUGUCUGGGUGAGGUCUGGGUAUCUUCUUAGCUUUGCCGUUUUGGGGGUGGCCUCAUUCAGAAAGGAGCCUCACAGGAUCCCUGUGAACACGUGGAAAUGCUGAAUGGCAAAGUUAGAAGUACGCCUAGAGCCUUACCUAGGACAGCUUCCUUAUCAGACACAUGGAGAAGCUGAGGCCCAGCAAGCAGGUGCCUGUACAGGGCCCAGCUGGGACAAGAACUCAAGACACCUGGUCCGAGGCUUUCUACUGCAGACUUGGGCCUGAAAAAUGGUUCCAGUUGACCAUAGGGACAGUCAGGUUGGGAGGUGGGUCUUCUGAACAGCCAGCCCUAGAUGAGGAGGGCCAGGAGGCCCCCCAGGCAGUGACAGAACCUCCACUAGGACUCUGGCACUAUUCUGGAACCCUUGCAGAUUGUACUCUAUUAAAGAAAAACCGCUUUGAGAAGCUGCAGUAUCAGCUCUGCCUUUGACCCCAAACUGACAUCUUUCCUCUGGCCCAUCAGCCCUACACAGUCAAGGAAUUUGAAGCAAAAAAGGUCAUUCCAAAGUCAGGUGUCAGUAACGAGGGGGUCGCCAGAUGCUCACUGGACAUCCACCUGCACCCCUACCCUCUCCCUAGUCCCGUCCACCGCCACCACUAGCCAAUACCCAACGGGCCCGUCUUCCAACCCCGAAGCGGUAACCUCCUGACCUCUAGUGGCGAGAGCGAGGAACUGCACCUCCUGGCCCGAGCAUGUCCUCCCUUUGUUUCUUCUCCAACCGAGAGAACCUCCCGAUGCAUGGACUCUGGCUGUCUUCGACGCAGACUCGUGCACUGCUUACCACCGUUUUGCUAUCAUGUGACGGUUGCAGAAACCGUCCUUAAACUGCAGCCCCACACACAACUUUUGUACUUUCGUCUGACUUACCCGAAGGUGUCCUUUUUAAGUCUUAUUUGUUAAUAUUUAUAAUGACAUAUAAUCUAAAGUAAAUGGAAACGUUCAUUGAGAUCCU